AUGCUGCUGACGGGCAAAUCGGAGGUUGCAUUUCCGCUUUUGGGAUAUACCGACCAACUUCACCUUUCCGCUGCCUGCAAACACCUGCGAGGUAUCUCGGCGCCGUUCAUCUUCAAGACAGUGACAAUACCGGUCGAUGGCGUCGGGAAUAUCGCCAGUCUGGCCCUUUUAACAUUGAAAAACUAUGGCCAUUUUACCAAAGAACUCAAGCUCCUGAUGCGCACAGGCCCGCCAUCCUUGACCAGCCUUGCAAUCUUCAACUUUCCACCGCCCCUCGAAUCUACCGUCUUUUCGACUGGUUUGUGGACGCGGUUCCUGAACGGCAUCCAAGACUUGCACAUUUCUCUAUACGGAGAGGGUGGAACUCGACGCGCAGCAGUUCGCAGGAUACGUACAGGGAGUUUUCUCGCGCAGCUUGGAGACGUCUUCUUCAAGCAUUUGCCGUCCCUAAAACGACUACAGAUUGAGGCGUCAGAACGGGCUCCCCUUGAUGCAGAUGAUACCAGCAGCGAGGACGACGAGUUUCCCUUUGGCCUCGGAGAAAUGCCAGUCAUGGAGCAUCUUGAGCUGGAAAAUAUAGUGGCGGGCGGCAGAAUGGCACGGUUCUUGCAGUCCGGGCUGACCGCCGGGCCAUACUCGCUCUCACUGGUCAACAUCACAGCCAAAUUUGAAGGAGACACGCAUGCCGAAUUUUUCAACAGUCUGGUCGAUGCCAGGGUGCCCAUUGCGAGCUUUACCGCCAGCUUUAAUGAGUGA